GAAGUGAUUUAACCCUUUUACCGUUAAUCGCAUUUGGAAAGAAUAGAACCGUUGCAUCAUGACUAUAAUAGAUUAUGUACAAACUUUAUCCGAUAAUCCUUACUUUGGAGCUGGUUUUGGGCUUUUUGGGUUAGGUGCUGGAGCAGCUUUGUUACGGAAAGGAAUGCAAGCUGGAAUGAUAUUUUUUAGGCGACACUAUAUGAUCACCUUAGAAGUUCCAUGUCGAGAUAAAAGCUACCAAUGGGUUCUACAAUGGAUUACGAAUAAGGGUGCGAAGGAAACGCAACACCUUUCUGUCGAAACAAGCUUUGAGCAAAAAGAAACAGGUCACAUAAAAACUAGAUAUGAUUUUAUACCAAGUAUUGGAACACAUUUCAUUAGAUAUAAAGGGAAUUGGAUAAAGGUGGAACGAACCAGGGAACAACAAACUUUGGAUAUACAAAUGGGUAUACCAUGGGAAACUGUACAACUUACAGCUCUUGGAAGGGAUAAGAGUAUAUAUUUUAAUAUUUUAGAAGAGGCUAGGCAAAUGGCUUUAAAGGAGUUUGAGGGCAAAACAAUAAUGUAUACCGCGAUGGGAAGUGAAUGGCGGCAAUUUGGACAUGCUAGAAAACGAAGACCGCUGGACUCUGUUGUCUUAGACACAGGUGUUGCGGAAAGAAUAGUAAAUGAUUGUUGUGAAUUUAUAAAAAAUCCUUCGUGGUAUAGCGAUCGCGGAAUUCCAUACCGUCGAGGAUAUUUACUGUACGGCCCUCCGGGUUGCGGUAAAUCGUCUUUCAUUACUGCGUUGGCUGGUGAAUUGGAACGGGGUAUUUGUGUUUUAAAUCUGUCAGAGCGAGGCUUAACAGAUGAUAGACUAAAUCACUUAUUAGCGGUAGCUCCUCAACAAACUAUUAUACUUUUGGAAGAUAUCGAUGCCGCGUUUGCUAGUCGAGAAGAAAGUAAAGAAAUGAAAGCUGCAUAUGAUGGAUUAAACAGAGUUACGUUCAGUGGUUUAUUAAAUUGUUUGGACGGUGUUGCUUCUACCGAAGCAAGAAUUCUGUUCAUGACGACCAACUAUCUAGAAAGACUAGAUCCCGCGUUAGUUAGGCCGGGUAGGGUAGAUGUAAAGGAGUACAUAGGCUGGUGCAGCGCGAAACAAGUGGAACAAAUGUUUUUGAGAUUUUACAAAAAUAUCGACGGCAGGUCAGGUGAACUUGCCAAGGAAUUUACAAAAAUUGUGAUAUCACAAAAAAGGAACGUUAGCCCGGCACAAAUUCAAGGAUUUUUUAUGUUUCACAAAAACAAUCCUGCAGACGUACUGAAAAAUGUUUCAUAUAUAUGGGACGUUACGUGA